AUGGGCAAUACGGAGAGCAACGUGACCAGCGGCGUGAAAAAGCAGACCGACGCUGGCUCCAUUCUGCUUUACAAGCUGGUCGACCUGAAAGGCGGCGGACUGUUCGUAGACAUGAUGAAACGUGCCACGCAAAGCAAGCAGUACGCCGAGCUUGACCACGCGAUACGCACCAAAGUCGAGCCGUUUCUGUACAAUAAAGGCAAAGGCAGGUACAUACCGAUAUCGAGACUCGUGCUGCUGCGAAAUAAGGAGCGCGGGAGAAACAAAAUGUUGCCGGUACUGAAAGCAAUGGAAAAGCCGGAAGACUACGACAUCGAGAAGGACAUGGCGAACGAGCCGGAGCCCGACGAGGCCGAAAUUCUGAAAAAUCCGCACAAGUAUAGACUGGUGUGCUGGUCGCUCAACGAAAGAGGGGCAGUAGGCGAGACGAUUUUGCAUCUGUGCCUGCUGAACGCGACGUCCAUUCACGCGGACCUGGCGAAGCGGCUGCUGCGCUUCUACCCGAACCUCAUCAAUGACAUCUACCUCGACGACGAGUACUACGGAGAGAGCGUGCUGCACAUCGCCAUCGUCAACGAGGACCCGUCGAUGGUCAAGUUUCUGCUGGACAGCGGGGCGGACGUGAACGAGAGGUGCUUCGGCAACUUCAUGUGCCCGGAAGAUCAGAAGGCUUCGCGCAACGACAGCCAGGAGCACGAGUGGGUCUGCGUCAAUCCGGAAACCAACUACGACGGUUACGUGUACUGGGGCGAGUAUCCAUUGAGCUUCGCAGCGUGCUUGGGCCAGGAGGAAUGUUACCGUUUGAUACUGGCCAAAGGCGCCGAUCCCGAUAAUCAGGAUACCAACGGCAAUACCACGCUUCACAUGCUCGUCAUUUAUCAGAAACUCGAAACCUUCGACAUGGUGUUCGAAGUAGGUUCAUCUCUGUCGGUGAGGAACGUGCUGAACCUGACACCGCUGACCUUGGCUGCCAAAUUGGCUCGCAUCGAGAUGUUCUUUCACAUACUGAACAUCGAAAGAGAGAUCUACUGGCAGAUCGGUAGCAUCACGUGCGCCGCUUAUCCACUCUCGCAGAUCGACACUAUCGACGUGGAUACUGGAAAAAUUAGCAAUAACUCGGCUUUGAACCUGGUCGUUUUUGGGGACAAAGACGAGCAUUUGGAACUGAUGGAUGGCGUGCUAAUCGAUCUAUUGAAUGCCAAAUGGAACACUUUCGUGAAAUCUAGGUUCUAUCGGCAGUUCUACUUAUUCUGCUGCCACUUCUUGUUCUCGUUGAUAAGCUUUACUCUGCGGCCUGGUCCGAAGACUGAACAAGUUGCAGCACCAGCACAAAAUGAUUCCAGUAGCGAGGUUUAUUCUGGUUCCACGGUGGUCGAACCACUGCAAGUCACCUUGUCGUCCUUGCUCGCGAAUAAUCUAGCGGAACAAUUAGCGUCGAAUGUCUUACUCAACGAUUCUUUGGAAAUAAUAAGUCUGCAAGUAGCUUCGAACAUCAGCUCGACUCUGAAAGAUUUGUGGAGCAAUUACAACUCGUACAAUUGGAGUUUCAACGACACGUACGAGAGUAACGCUACGGAUCUGGUGAUUUUGGGCAACGCGAAGAAAGAAACCGAAGGAUGGCUGGACGACCUCAUGGACGAAUGCCGGCUAAUGCAGAUGGACGAUUCCUGGUCUAAGAUUCGACUCGCUGCCGAGAUAUUGAUGGAGCUCGGAGCUAUUCUCUACAUCAUCGCCGCGACGAGGGAGGCUCGAUUUUUGGGCCUCAACAUGUUCAUCGAGAAUCUUAUGACAGCACCGUCACGCGUGAUGUUCCUAUUCUCUUGCUGCCUUCUGCUCAGCUUCCCAUUCCUACGCAUGUCAUGCGCCGACGACAUCGAGGACAUCCUCGCCAUCGUAGUGAUGCUCACCACGGCGCCGUACUUCCUAUUCUUCUGCCGCGGCUUCAAAACCGUCGGACCGUUCGUCGUUAUGAUUUACCGUAUGAUCAUGGGCGACUUGCUUCGUUUCGUCUCCAUUUAUCUCGUCUUCGUGAUGGGCUUCUCGCAAGCGUACUACAUAAUAUUCUUGUCGUACGAGGACCAUAAAUCGAACCCAAUGCCGUCGGCGAUGGAGAGCAUCAUGGCGAUGUUUCUGAUGAGCAUGACGAAUUUCGGCGAUUACUACGACGCCUUCGAGAAUACCGAGCACGAGAUCGAGGCCAAGUCGCUGUUCGUCGUGUACAUGGCGAUCGUGGCGAUUCUGCUGGUGAACAUGCUCAUCGCCAUGAUGGGCAACACCUAUCAGAAGAUCGCCGAGACGAGGAACGAGUGGCAGAGACAGUGGGCCAGGAUAGUGCUGGUGGUCGAGCGCGGUGUUGCUCCGGCGGAGAGACUGAAGAAACUGAACGACUACUCGCAGCCAAUGUCCGAUGGUCGGAAGGCGCUGGUUCUGCGACUGCAUCAGUCGGAGGAGGACAAGGAAGAGAUGAAGGAGAUUCUGGAAAUGAAGAGGAUACACCAGAAGAUGGUGAAGAGGCGGCAGCGCCGAAUUUACGAAGGCAUGGUCGAGGCUGAACGGCUCCCGCGACAGAUUCGAGUUCUUGCUGCGAUUCGGGUAAUUCGACGCCGGGGCCGGGGACCUCGAUCCAAGCCGCGACUCCUGCUGGUCUUUCUGUGCAGGGAUCGCUUGAAGGACAAAUUUUUCCAGGCAGAAGUGCCGGCUGGCUUCCUUGAGCAGUUCUUCCGCGUCGGUUACGAAGUCUGCUCGAGGGACACUGCGCCCACGAUCGUCUGCCUUCUGCAAACGUUCGCUGAGUGCGCCAGAUUCUCGCUCAGCCUGACGAUGAUCGCCAACAAGGAGCACUCGCAGCUGCUGUUCGAGAGACUGCUGGCUUUGGCAAGCGACGACGUGAACGCAAGAGCCGUGAAAGCUCUGGCCCAGACUUACAGCCUUAUUCUCAAAGCUUGAAAAUGUAUACGCGAAGAAAGUCGUUGAAAUAAAGC